ACUGUGCACAAUAUUCUUUUUUUACCUCCAAAAAUAAUAAACCAGUGCCAAAAACACGUUAUUCGGAGCGGGAUCAGUGAGUCGAGGGGUCAUUCUCGUGCGAAUUAAUCUCGAACAGUAAAGGGCGGCUGAGGAUGAGCAAACGGGGGUGAAAUAGCCGUCGGAGGUGUGGAAAUGCUCCUGAGAAGGGGCUAGUGCUUGGGGGGAUGGGCUUGUUUAGUGCCGAGUGAACAGAGCAUUUUCGAUUUAGUGUGCAGAGAGGUGAGGAAAAAAGUGCUGGAGAAAUAGUGGUGGUGUGACGGAGGACGAGGAAAGGGACGAAAGGAAAUAUCCGCACACGCCCGGCUGUCACGAUUCAGAACGUCGGGUUUUUCAGAGGACGCCAUGUUACGAAGCCGUAUGCUCAUGGCGAGAAUACCAUUGAUUUUGAUUCUUCACUUCGUUGUUGUUGUCGUUGCCAGUGAUAAUGAGACAGUCACAGAAACAACUGAGACUGUCACCUUCCCGGUCAUUCCCCUCGCCACCCUGGAGAUAGAGACCUCCCAGAAGAUCGAUGGGAUAGAGGCUAAUAGCACCCCCUCAUUCACCUGUAAACUCAGUGAGCCAGGUCAGAUCUACUGGGUCAAGGACGAUAAGAACCUAACGACGAUCAAAAUGUCCGAGACACAGGCCAGGUUCGACCUGACAUUAGCGAGUUUCGAGGACAGGGGGAACUACACGUGCAUGGCUAUUACGAACGGCCACGAGAAGCUGCAGAAGACCAUUGACGUUCGUGUCAUAGGGCUCGGUAGCAUAGAGCCAUCAGACCCAGUCUACAUAAAAUCGGAGAAGCCAGUGAACCUGACCUGCCACAUCCACGGCUCCCCCCUCUCCAACUUCACAUGGCUCAAGGGCAACAACUCUGAGAGCAUCGAGACCCUGCGAGACCUAACAACAGUCACCCAGAUAAACGAGACCUACCACAUAAUGACCCUCUCCUUCGAGAGUGUCUUGCGAAAGGACAACGGCACCUACACAUGCAUGGCAAACGACUACCGAGGUACAGUAACGAGCCUGCGCCACCUCUUCGUCAUCGACAAGCCCCAGGUGAACAUAGACUUCAUCAAGGCAGUGGGUGCUGAUAAAAUCUUCCUCAACUGGACAGUGAACGACGGCAACAAGCCCAUCCAAAAUUAUCAGAUGAGCUUCCAGAAGAACGGCCAAGAGGGGCGAGUAUUCUACAGCCAAUCCGUAGGGGGUGAAAACACAAACUUCGUACUCAAGGGUUUCGAGAAGUCCACAGAGUACCAGAUAAGCAUCUCCGCGAAGAACGAAGUGGGAGAGUCCCAGGUGUAUCACGACAACAGGUGGAUUAAAACCCUGGACUCUGACCCCAUAUUCGUGCCAAAUGUCUCGGUGAAGGGCUUCACCGAGAGCUCCAUCACAGUGGGCUGGACAAUGCCACCUCCAGCCCUUCGGGAGCACGUUCACUACUACACCCUGAUGAUGAUCCACGACGUUCAAACUAAGGAGGCAGUCCAUCCGGCCUCGGAAUUCAACGACUACGUCUUCGUGGACCUGAAUCCAGCCACAACUUAUCUAUUCAAGAUAUCCGCAUGCAGUUACUACACGAAGCAGUGUGGCAACUGGAGUGCUGAGGUCAAUGGAACGACCAUGGAUGGGGUCUGCAGCCCACCGGAGAACCUCACGGUCACGUGUAAAUUCGAUAAUAUCAGUAGAACGAGUUUUGUUUCAGUCAGUUGGUCUCCACCGGCUAUUCCCAACGGCCAAAUCACCAGAUACGGUGUCGAGCUAACCGGAGUCUCCCACUACAAAAACGAGAGAGGAAAGCUUCACGAGGAGCGCUGGGGGCGUGUGGACCACAACGCCAGGGAAAUAGACCGAACAUUCGAGUUCAAGAGAGUCCCAGCAAACAUGAACUACACAGUGAGGAUCUACGGUGUAACGAGACUGAGGAGUCCUGGAAAGCCAGCCACAGGCAACUGCACGAUGCCAAUCAGCAUCCCCGACAAAGAGAGCUUGAACCUGAGGACCUGGAGGAAGAUCCAGAACGAGGGGAGGCAGCUGUUCAAGCUGUACCUGCCCAGGAUCUCCGAGAGGAACGGGCCCAUCUGCUGCUACAGGGUCUUCUUGGUGAGGUUGGGGCCGGGACAGACCACGGGCAAUCUGCCAGCCCCUGAGGAUCUGGUCCUUUUUACAUUCCAUUAUGCUCACCAAUCCCCAGUUGGUGGGGCUUAUCUGGCUGAAAUGUUCGACAGCAAUAAUUUGCAGUCGGAGAUUUUCCUCGGGGAUGGGCGGGUUGCCUUCAAUGGGUCCUCGAGUUGUGACAGGUGCAUUGGGCUGAGGCCUAAACCCUUUCCCACUCUUCAUCUCCUGCCGGAUGUCCAGGGCCCAGUGAGCUCGACGUCAACGACUGCCUCUAGUGUUGAAACCACUUCAACCGCUGCCACUACCACUGCUCCGGGAUCCACCACUGCUUUUGUAACCACAACUGCUGUUCCUGUAACUUCUGGGAAUGCAACGACCCCUGGGGCGAGACGCAGACGCGAUAACUCAGCCAAUAUGAUUGCCAUGGAGGGACAACUGGAGGAGCUCUAUCCACCUGUCGAUGGAUACAUCGAUGAGGGCUCCAAUUACACUGGCUUUGUCGAAGUUGUUGUGUUUGGUGGGGGACAGGUGCUCCCUGCCUACAGUGGCUACCUCAAUCCUCUGUUUGGGGGAAUGGAACCCAGUGUCAUUGCUGUGGCUGAUAAUGGAACUCUGGGGGUCGUGCUGCAGAUCUCUGUGGCACUGAUUCUUAUCAUUAUCAUUCUGCUUGUGGCACUCUGUGUGCUGCAUCGGUACACCAAGAGGGCCGAACAGGGGGGAGAGGAGAACAUCAAUUUGAGGAAUAGUUUCAGGCAUCUCUGCAGAAGUUUGCGCGGUCGUCACCAGGUAGUAGCCGCCAGUCCCCCGGACAUGCCGCCAAUUCCCAAAGCGGAGCUCCUCCAAGCCUACCUCGAGCGUCACCGCGACUCUGACUACGGUUUCCAGCACGAGUUCGAGCUCCUUCCGGACCGCUUCACCGACCGCACGACCCGCGCCUCCGAGGCCCGCGAGAACCUCUACAAGAACCGGUACCCUGACAUCAAGUGCUACGACCAGACCCGAGUCAGGCUGUCUCAAAUUGACGGAAUCGCCGGCUCCGACUACAUAAACUCCAACUUUGUUCUCGGUUACAAGGAGCGGAAGAAGUUCAUCUGCGCCCAGGGCCCCAUGGAGAACACCGUCUGCGACUACUGGAGGAUGAUCUGGGAGCAGCACCUGGAGCUUGUCUUGAUGCUGACGAACCUCGAGGAGUAUUCCAAGACGAAAUGCGCCAAGUACUGGCCGGACAAGGAGGAGACCAAGAAUUUUGGGGAUAUAACGGUGGAGCACGUCGGCCAAAAGGCAUUUUCAGAUUAUGUUAUCAGAGAAUUGAAGAUGACGAAGACAGGUGAGAGGGACGCAAGAACAAUAAUCCAGUACCACUUCCUCGUCUGGAAGGACUUUAUGGCCCCCGAGCAUCCCCACGCAAUUCUGAAAUUCAUAAAGCGAGUGAAUAUAGCUUACUCCCUGGAGAAAGGUCCCAUUCUGGUGCACUGCAGCGCCGGAGUAGGAAGGACUGGAACCCUGGUGGCCCUUGACUCACUCCUCCAACAGCUGGCCGACGAGGGCCAGGUCUCCAUAUUCAACACAGUCUGCGACCUCCGACACCAGAGGAACUUCCUCGUGCAGUCGUUGAAGCAGUACAUAUUCAUCUAUCGAUCGUUGAUGGAGAUGGCGACGUAUGGCGACACCGAGAUCCCUGUCAAGGAGCUCAAGGCACACGUGGAGAAGCUCAGACAGAGGGACAAUGGCAAGGAGAAGUGCCGAAUGGAGGACGAGUAUGACGAGCUUGUUUUAAAUUCACAGAAAAUCAGUUCUGUGUUGGAGGAACGUAAGUCGUUUUCAGUGGGCGGCGCCGAGGAGAAUAGGGUGAAAAAUAGGAGUGAGUUGGUGAUACCUUAUGAUAGGAAUAGGGUUAUUCUUACACCGGUGCCUGGAAGAGAGCAUUCAACUUAUAUCAAUGCUUCGUUCAUCGAGGGAUACGAUAAUUCAGAGUCGUUUAUCAUUACGCAAGAUCCUUUGGACACUACUAUUGCCGAUUUCUGGAGGAUGAUAUCCGAGCAGAGCAUUGCUACUAUCGUCAUGCUGUCCGAUUUGAAUGAAGGCCCCAGGAAAUGCCCCAGAUACUGGCCCGAAGACGAGGCUGUGUACGAACACAUAAGGGUGAGAUACAUCCAGAGUGAAAGUUGUCCGUACUAUACAAGGCGCGAGCUGUGCGUUGCAAAUACGAAGACAGAUGAGACAGUUGUUGUAACGCAGUACCAGUAUCACGGCUGGCCGACGGUCGAGGGCGAAGUGCCCGAGGUGACACGAGGUGUCAUUGAACUUGUCGAUCAGACACUGGUGACUGACGGCGAGUGCUGUGGCCCCUUGGUUGUUCACUGCAAUUGCGGAUCUGACAGGAGUUCUAUGUUUGUCGCCCUCAGUAUACUCGUUCAACAGUUGAGGACUGAAAAACGAGUCGAUAUCUUCACUGUUACGAAGAAACUCAGGUCACAGAGACAUGGGAUGAUCAGUACUUUUCCCCAAUACGAGUUUCUCCACCGAGCAGUAAUGAACUACGCAGAUCUCCACAAUCUCGCUGACGACGAGCCAGAAUCAUAAUGAAGGAUAUCGAACAUACCCUAAAGACUGACCAUUCGUUUGUUCCGUAAGUCGUUUUUAAUUUCCCCUAACGAAUUAGUGAUGAAAACACCCUGAAGUUCACUUGUAAAAUCAGUCAACUGGAGCAUCCAAAGAAAUUCAAUUGUUCCAUAGUCGGUUGAAGACUUUUUAUACCUUAUAAAUUUCCAAAAGAAUAAUAUAAUACCGAGUAUGUUCGCUCGAUUUUUUUCACAAACGAUGUAAACUACUUGAUGUAGUUGCGUCGAUGGACCUCGUCAGAGUGGAUGAGAGUCUCAAAAAAAUUUUUUUAAUCCCACGAGAAUAUAUCAUAAUUGUCUCGAGAGAAUUGUCGUUGCUGCGUGAUGGCAGGAUCGAUGAAUGUUUAAAAAAAAGGUCGACUGUCGUGUGUUUGUAUCACUUAGGAGUAAGUGCGUCCUGGUGGCAUGAAGAGAGGAUGAAUAAGAAGCUUGGCAUUAUUCUUUGCGAAUAAUUAUUUGAGGACGUCAGUCUGAAUUUUCAUUAGAACCUCGAUGAUUUCAGCACGACUCUUUGUUGAAUAAAACUGUAGUGAAGGCGAUGAAAAGAGGUGAUCCCAGAAAAUUCUGAUACUGAGAGCAACACAUCGGGGAACAUUUUUCAAAAGCCCAUUGACAUCUGCAGUAUUUUUUAUUCAGUCAGAUGUGUACCCUCUGGGGUCUUUACAUUUUUUUUCCCACUCUUUAUUAACUAUGAAGGCACUUCAUCCAAUUCACUUACAGUAGGAACGCAUUUUGUAACAACUAUGACUCUCAUCUUUGCCUCUCUACUCUAUAUUUGGGUUUCGAUGCCACUCCAUACUUUUUUCUAUUAUCCUGUCCCUCUCCUCUUGCUCUCGUAGACGCCGAUUCGUUUUAUCGAGUAAAAUCCAAUCCUCAGCGGUUGCUGGAGAAAUUAUCACUCUCCUGUUCCACCUCAUCUCUCUUCUUUAAGGUCUUAAGGUAUAUCCCAAGACAGUCGGACCCAAAAGUUAGUCCCUAUGGA